AGCAGGAAAUAAAUAACUUCUACAGUUCAAUACAAGGGGAAAAAAAAUCUGACAGUGAAAAUGAAUGAUUCGGAAGUGAGGACUGCGUGUACUACUUCCAUUCAGAUUUCUAUAAAUAAAUGUGUGGGGGGGUACCUGUCCCUCCUCUUAGAGAAAAAUAAGGACAAACUAAGUCAAUUAGAGGAAAUGGAUUCAUUAAUUAAAUAAGGUAUUUAAAAUAAUAAAGAUGGCCUCAAGACUAAUUAGGGGCCUCUGCCAUUCAUACAGAAUGAUGUCACAAACCUUAAAAACAAGCUAAUGUCAAAACCAUUUUUAAAGGAAAAUUUUAACAAGAAAAAAAAUGUCCUCAUAGGUUAGAGUUAAAUAUAAAACUAAUAACUAAAGUGAAGAUAAACAUGUUCAGAAAUGGUUAACAAUGUCUUGUCAGUUUGGCCAGGACAGGCUUAAGGAAGGUAAAGUCUAGCUCUCAGUAUUUUAGCUGUAACCUUGAUAAAGAAAGCCAACGGGGGCUUUCACACAGCACCUUACAAGCCUGUGUUAUCCUUGGGGUUUCUGCAGCCAAUGAAAGUUUGUCACGAUGAUGUAAUGCUCCUGAGUUGUGCUUCAGCCCCGAGUAUGUGGUCACCGGGUCUCAUGCCUGAGAGCUAGUUUCAAUUGCUCAGCAAUCUGUUUACUGAGUGCCUGCUAUGUUCCUGUGAGAAACACUAGGGACAGGCAAAGAGAGUGACAUGAACCCUGACUAAAGUCAUCUCAGGGUGACAUAUCCGGGAGCUAUUUUGAGUGCAUUUAUAAGCAGAACCGGAAGGAGCCCUACUUGGUUUACACACAGCUGUAUCAUUUCAGGAUCAAUGUGACUCUAGAAACAAAUGGAUGAAUGAAUAUCCAUAUGAAGAGGAAAACCAUCAAGAAUCUCAACACCCUUGAGAACAGAAUGCUAAUGCUUGAUGGGAUGCCGGCAGUCAGAGUCAAAACAGAGCUUUUGGAAUCUGAACAAGGGUCUCCAAACGUCCACAACUACCCCGAUAUGGAAGCUGUUCCCCUGUUGCUAAAUAAUGUGAAAGGGGAGCCCCCAGAGGACUCAUUGCCUGUAGAUCACUUCCAGACACAAACUGAGCCAGUGGACUUGUCAAUCAACAAAGCCAGGACCUCCCCUACCGCAGUUUCAUCCUCCCCAGUCUCCAUGACAGCGUCUGCCUCCUCACCUUCUUCAACUUCAACCUCUUCAUCAUCUUCUAGUCGUCCAGCCUCAUCCCCCACUGUUAUAACAUCAGUAUCUUCAGCAUCGUCUUCGUCAACAGUGUUAUCUCCAGGACCCCUUGUUGCCUCUGCAUCUGGUGUGGGCGGCCAGCAGUUUUUGCACAUCAUUCAUCCUGUCCCACCUUCCAGUCCCAUGAACUUACAGUCUAACAAACUCAGUCAUGUUCAUCGAAUCCCUGUGGUGGUACAGUCAGUGCCAGUUGUCUACACAGCUGUACGGUCACCUGGAAAUGUGAACAACACUAUUGUUGUGCCGCUCCUGGAGGAUGGGAGAAGCCAUGGCAAAGCACAAAUGGACCCCCGAGGCCUAUCUCCCAGACAAAGUAAAAGUGACAGUGACGAUGAUGACCUGCCAAAUGUGACCUUAGAUAGCGUUAAUGAAACUGGAUCCACGGCCCUUUCCAUAGCCAGAGCAGUCCAAGAGGUACAUCCAUCUCCAGUAUCCAGGGUUCGGGGAAACCGAAUGAAUAACCAGAAGUUUGCUUGUUCAAUCUCACCAUUUAGUAUUGAGAGCACAAGACGCCAGAGACGAUCAGAAUCCCCGGACUCCAGGAAGCGGCGCAUCCACAGAUGUGACUUUGAAGGAUGCAACAAAGUAUACACAAAAAGUUCUCACCUGAAGGCACACCGGAGAACACACACAGGAGAGAAGCCCUACAAAUGCACGUGGGAAGGCUGCACCUGGAAGUUUGCCCGUUCGGAUGAACUGACCAGGCAUUACCGCAAACACACGGGAGUGAAGCCAUUCAAGUGCGCAGACUGUGACCGCAGCUUCUCCAGGUCAGACCACCUGGCGCUGCACCGCAGGAGGCACAUGCUGGUGUGAGGAAGGCUCCCGUCCAGCUGCGCGUCAGAGCUGGGUCUCUUCAGGAGCGACUAACUCAGCAGGGUGGAGCCCCCUCUACAGUGUUAACGUCAAGGUCACCGCCAUCCCCACGGUGCCUGAAACCAGAGCAGGAACAAGAAGGAACCCUUCUCCUUUCAGCCUGAAGGUAACCCCCCACCAUGACCACGCGCGCACGGGAGAGCUGUCUGCCUGCCUGUGAGCACGCCGGCCUGGGAGUUGAGCGCCUCAGGUCCUGAAGAGACAGGCAUUGUUUUUCAUGCUGUGUCCUCUGCCAUUGAAAAGAGGUUUGUAGCUUGUCCAUUUUCCGAGCUGGCCGACACUCUGCUAUCAAUCCCUUAAAGGUCAUCUACCGCAAAUUGAUGGUUAGAGAAGACCUCUGUUUGGAUGGUUCUUCCGUGGCACCUCCCCCACCCCAGACCCUUUAGACCAAAAUUUCAGUUCCUAUCUCAGUAAGCCAGAACACACAUCCAGUCUGUUACCAGCAAGCAGCAUGAACUAGAAAGGAAGGGGCUGUUGGAGAUGCUCCAUGGCCCGAAAAGAAAGGCACACAGAAAGAGCCCUCUGUGCUAGCCAUGGCGCACUAGAUAGCACUCACAUCUUGUCCUCACGCCAUCCCCGAAGAGAACCAACAUUGAGUCUUUUCAUCUGUUUGUCGGUGCUUGUUUUUGUUCCGUUCCGAUUUUGUUUUGUUCAUCUGUUCCAGCAGAGGGGCAGAGCAGUUUCUCCAAGGCUGGUCCUGCUCUGCCCUGGCAUGAACUGGCAGAGGUGUUCUGUAGUUGACUAGGAAGAGCCUGUCUAAAAAUAAUAGCAACAGUAAUAAUAAUAACUACUGCCCCAUUUCCAAUUGCAGUGUUCUGUCACCUAGGCACCCUCUCUUCCUGCCCUGAGUGUUUGAUUACAAGGAGCCCAAGGGGAGGGGGACUUUCUUAGACACACUGGCACCGAGGUAAGAGGUGGGGCUGCCCAUGAAAAGUCAGUGAACAUGAAAACGAGACAAAACAGAGAUGGAAAUAAUGCUCCUCUUGAGGAGAAAAGCAAUAAUGAAUAGAAGGACUUUCCUACAAUAACUCCACUGAGGACUCACGUUACCAAUUUUCAUACUUACUAAAGGAAUUGUAAGAAACACCCGAGCAUUUCAGAUGUCUUAGUUACAUCCACAGCACUGAGGUAAUCCUUCUGCUGUUUGUUGUCUUACUUGCGCGAGUAUCGCAAUUAAAGAUGAUGCUCCCCCUUUCUCGUUUGAAAACAGUUAUUUGGCGACUAGAUAGGCAGAGCUGAAGAUUAACUCUUCAGCCAGUGGGGCUGUUCUGCUUGGGCAUGAGUCCGUGGAAAGAAUGUCCCCGUGGAAAGCCCGCCAUGGUGCUGCUUCUUCAACUCGGAGGGCCAAGAGUUUGACUCUCCCGUGGAUUCUUCUCUACACAUUUCACUUUUUAAACUGUCCCAGAAUCCCCAUGCUCCCACAUUGGCAUCCACAGGGACAGACAACCUGCUUAUCCUGGGAGAAGGAUAAGAAAGUCAGGUUCCCUUGUCCCUCUCAAAUGAAGAGCCUUUUUGUAUCUAGCAAAACAUACAGGAAAAGCAAUACAUCCCCAACAAGUACUCAUUCCAAUAUGGGAUCAUGUUUUUGUCCCCACUAAAAGCUGCUGUUUUCCCAGCUUUGUGUGGCAGUCGGGCUUGAUGAGAUUUUUUUUUUUUUUUUUUCUUUUUUCGAGACAGGGUUUCUCUGUGUAGCUUUGCGCCUUUCCUGGAACUCACUUGGUAGCCCAGGCUGGCCUCGAACUCACAGAGAUCCGCCUGGCUCUGCCUCCCGAGUGCUGGGAUUAAAGGCGUGCGCCACCACCGCCCGGCUGAUGAGAUUUUUGUUGUUAAGAUUUUAUAGCUUAACUAUAAAAGGUCUCCAGCAAAGACCUUUGCAAUAUAUUUCAAUGACAGAUGCUUGAUUUGGGAAAUUGCACAAAUUAACCUCAUAAUAUUCCUAGCUCAUUUUUAAGUGUCUGCAGAUUCUGAAAGGAUUUCUGGUGACAGAGUUAUCCUUUAUAGUAUCAGCUUCUAAUUUGGGUAAUUGUAUUCUGACAAAGCAAGAGCUAUAAACACUAUAGGAAGAACCACUUGGGUUGGAGAGCUUUUAAAGGAAUUUUAAUAAACGUUCAGGCAAAAGUAUCGUGAUUUACAGAUCAAGUCCCAGCUUCAAAAAUAUGUGCUCUAUAUUUUCUGCCAGGUCUGAAAAACUCAUCAGGCAAUUUCCCUCCAACAAGGGCUGCAGUUCUAUUGAUAAGUAGCUUCAGCUACACAGGCUGGUACCCACCAGCCAGUGGAAUUUUUUUUUUUAACCUAGUGGAACAUUUUUGUUUUUAUCUGUACUGUAUGCACUUCCUACUUCUCAUUGCCUGUUAUCACUCAGAAUAAAAACAGGUUUCCUGAUGUGUGCCAGCAUUAGUAACUGGCCAGUGUGAAGAACACAGACGGUAGUGAACAACCGUGAUCCCCAAGAGCUGGCCCCAGAGCCUGGCUGGCAGGUAGUAGGGGAGUCACUCAAGUGAAGUAUAGGUUUGGCUUAGUUCUGUCUGCUCUCCUAAGAGCCAUUUCUUUUCCCUCUGAGAGACAUCUUGCAAGUUUUGCAGGUAAAAUUCAUUGACUUGACAGGCAGUGGAAGCUUCCUGAGUGACAUCUUGAUUUAAAUUUAGCACAGAACUAAAUGAGUUGCACCUAAUAGCUUAGGGAAGACUUGGGGGAAGUGAGCUUUCCCCCUCACUCCCUAUAAGUGGGAAGCAUACUGAGAUGGUAAGAUAACUGAUCAAAUCUGCCAUCAUUAUAGCAUCCCGUUCCUUUUGACUUAGCGAUGUUUUUAGAAAGGAUCUAAGCACAAGUGAACAUGUCCCUGAUCUGGCCCAAGAACUGAAAUGUAUUUGGAACUCAUCGGGGGGGCUGUAAUCAGUUCUCCUUGGUAAAUUUCCUAGAUGUGUUUCCUGUAUAAAAGCAAGGAGUUUGGGACUGAAGGAAAUGGGAUAUCCUUAGGCACAAAAAAGCCUCCGCCCAUUUCAUGUGCGUAUCUAGCUUCUUGAAAAGCACAGUAUAUGAUAAACUCUCAAAAAAAGGGAAAGAAUCCUAAAGGACUUCUUGAUGUUUCCCAAGCAAAGCAUGUUUGGGUUUCAGAUUUGAAGUGGUUCAGCUUGCAGCUAGGCAAGCCUGGCACACACAGCAGACAGAUGACAAGGGAGUUGGGCUAUUUGAGGGGUUUCAGAGAGUCCCUUAUAUUCCAAUCUUAAGAUGUUUGGAGAGAAAUUUCGCAUUCAGCUCCAGCCUCCUGCUGUCGAUUGCUUUGGACACUGCUUGAUUUUAUGUUCCUUUAUGGCAUUUGGAAAGAGGUUCCUGAUGGCUUAACCAUGGAAAUUAUGCUACUGCCUUUACAAAUCACAUACAGUUUUUGUUUUCAACAAGUUGAGUGUCAGUUACAUGAGUCAGCUAAAUGAGCACUUUUAAAUAUCACUUUAAAGUUUAAAUGGGAACUAAGAGAAGUUAGGGAAGGGGGCUUUCAGGAUGCUUCACUGUUUACAAAUGAAAGUUCUAGGUGAUUAGAAAAGCUCUAUUCAUCAUGGGUGAAAUUUGGAAUAGCUCAUGCAAAGAGUGUGUUUGUUUUUAUACAACUUGUUUAACUUCGAAUUGCCAUUGGUGUCUGAAAUGGAAAUGUAAGUCUGCACUUUGAGAUCAGCUCAUUAGAAUGAUAACAUGUAUAUGGAUAAAGAUGCAGUAUUCCUUAGUCUGUGCUUCGUUUAUUAUAUGUACCAAAGCUGCAAUUGAAUAAAUCUGGUGAGGUGAGGCCUUCAGUUGUAUUACUAUGCCUUCGUUUUGUUAUUCUGACUGCCUAGAAAUGUAGCUGAGAGGUUGUUACCAGGCUGUCUUAUCACUUUUGAAUUGAGAAAUCACAGAACUGAAGCAGUGUCAAUACCAGCACCCACACAGUCUGCAUAGAAAGGAUCGAAUGUGAACUAAUGUGGAUGAACCACCAUAGGCCCAGGAAGCCUUAAUAAUCAUAGUUCAUAAUCCACUCUCAUUAAGUUUAUCCCAUAAAUGUAUGCCAUUGGCCAAAUCUCUUCCUUGACUUUUUCUAAGGUUGUAUAUCCACAGAAGUAAUUUGACUUGGUUUAGUUUAGGGAAGAGAUUUGACCAGUCAUGUCUUCCAUAUUACAUUUCUACUUAUUCCCACACUGCCUUUCACUUACCUGGACAGACACCCCAACACAUGCACCUGUGUGUACACACCUGCAUAUGCAGCAGCCAACGGGCAAGUAAAUAUCAACAAAGAACUUUUUUAAAAGAAAUAAUUUGUAAUAACCCAUACUAUGUAGAAAUGUAAGUUAUUACCUGACUAGAGAAUCAGCUUAUAAUACUAUGUAACUUUGCCUGCAUUUUAUAGCUAAGAAAUGUAUAUAAAAAUUUAAAAUGCUAUAUUUUCACAAUUUCAUUAUAGAGUAAUGUCUGUUUAGCAAACCAUGCCCAUUGGUAUUUUAAAUAUCUAAAUACUAAGCAAUUGCAAUAGAAAUUCCGAUUUUCAUAAGAAAAUGAAGUGGAAGGAUACUGCAUCUUUAAAAUAGAGCAAAGCUAUUUUACUGUAUUCGUAACAUAUGUGACAGUGGGAAAAGUAUUUUCAAACACGCAAAUUUUACAGAGGUUGUAAAUAGUUUGAUGACAUAUGUUGGGGAAAAGCUUCUAGUUUUCAUCACAAUAAAAAAAAAAAAACACUUGUUGAGAUAUGCCUUGUGUAUGGAUGGUACACACAAUUGGUGAUGUUGUCGUGGGAAAUGGUACCUCUUGUUGAUCUUCUUGGUGCUUGGUCAGAACAGAGUGGCCACUUGUCAUAGCUUAGGUUUAAAAGUCAACUGAAGUCAUUUUCUCAAACUCGUCAUGUCUUUUCUUCAAAAGGGAAAAAUGGGGACGUGCUAGUUCUAGAAAAAUCAUCUAGCAGUCAUUCUCUGUUCUCAGUAAUCCUCCUCCUCAACAAAGUGGUUCUCAAUUGAAAAACAUAAAAUCAGGUGUUUAUUCCUGUUUACGUUCCAGAGGGGUUGCUUUCUGGGGUAGGUACAUGUUGAUGAGGUUAAGUGUAUGGAUAUGGCCACAUAUUAAAAGAAUCUGUAGUGGCAAUAGGGAAAAGUUAAUGCCCAUUUUUUCAGAAAUAAAUUAAAUGCUGAAAGUGCCUGUCAAUGAAUAUGACCAAUGAGAUAAUCCUAUACUUUCACAGAGCAAUAAUUCUUCAUCAUACUGGGUUUUUCCUACACAGUUUGAGCACAUACAUACACACAGAGUAAAUAUAUGCACAUAGUAGAUGAAAUUUCUUCCCACGAACCCACAGAAAAGGGCUCUCAUCACUUUGAAGUAUAACUAACCUUAUUUGCAAUUAGUAUCUAUUAAUUUUAUUUGUCUUACUUGAAUACAAUCGGGUGAAUAUGGAAAUUAAAGUUAUCUUCAGUGUACAUGACAAUGUAGAACAGUUACCAUGUUCAGAUAAAGUGUACCUCAGACUUAGAACAGAGCAUGUAUGUAGCUCAGAAAGUCUUGCUCAGUUACGAACACUGAUGCACUUAGAGCAAGACUGUGAGGGACUUUUGUCUGCUUAAUUUUGCCCUUUUAGAUCAGUGCACAAGUCUGUCUUUAUGUGUCUCUUUUCGCCUAAUAUAUCCUGGUAGCUUUUGGAAGUGAACAUUGACAAAUUAUUCCCCUUCCUUUCCCCACAAAAAAUCUUGUGAUACUUGUGAAGGCCUUUGGAUAGUUACUUAGUUAAUUCUGACAGUUACCUCAUGAUGUACAUUCAGAAGUUCACAAGUUUGUUUGUUUUUUUUUUUUCUAAAAUCAUUUUA